GUGUCCAAUCGCCCCGGUUUUGUCCCAGACUUUACAUACCAGCUUGAGAGAGUGGCUUGCAAUUGUCACAGCUGUCAGAGUUUGAAUUCGGCUGAUAGGACUUCGGUGUGGCUUGUGAGUGAUUUGUUUAUUGUACUAGUUACACAUUAUAUUGUCAAGUGCUUUGCAACACCGUUCAAUGUAAGAGAACACUUGGUGCUGACCAUGGCAUGUUGCAGACAAUACCUCGCAGUGGAGAUACAACCAGUAGCAAUCACCUAAAGACACAGAGUCUCAGCAAGUGUAAGACACAGGAGCUAUACAUUAGCUGUACCUA